AUGCAGUCGUCGAUGAACGUCCCCGACCAGUUCCGCGCCGCCCAGUUCACCGAGAAGAACGGGCAGCUCGAGAUCAAGCCGACGCAGCUCGGCGAGGUCAAGGCCGACGAGUGCGUCAUCAAGGUCCACGUGUGCGGCCUCCACUCGACCGACGAGCUCCUCAAGCACGACCUGCUUCCCGACAUGCGCUACCCGAUGAUCCCGGGCGGCGUUGUCGUCGGCGAGAUCGCCAAGCCGGCCCAGCAGGGCAAGCGCAACCUCAAGGAGGGCACGCGCGUCGUCGCCAUCACGUUCAUGCGCGGCCUCGCCGAGUACGUCGCCGUCAACGAGGCCAUGGUGAUCGAGCUGCCCAAGGGUUUCCACUCGGGCGACAAGCAGCUCGAGGCGCCCAUCUGCGCGUUCGACGCGACGCGCGUCUGGGUCGCGCACGAGCGCUGCCACGACGAGCUCAAGCGCAUGAACGACGCUGAGCGUCGCCUCGUCAAGGACCUCAACGAGCGCAUGGGGUUCAAGGGCGACGGCGUCCUCGUCGUGUACGGUCAAGGCGGAUUUGCCAAGGUCGCGCUCGACAUGAUCAAGAUGGCCAAGCAGGACCGCAAGGUGAUCCUCGUCGCCACGUCGGACCGCUGGUCGGCCGGCGACUACGGCCUCAAGGACGACUGCCUCGUCGUCGUCGGCAAGCACAACGUCGCCGACGAGCUCAAGAAGCUCGGCGGCGCCCAGGGCAUCAUGUGCGUCGACAUGCCGAUUCAGCAGGUCGAGCAGCUCCUCGACGGCUGCCGCUUCCACUCGUCGAUCGUCCUCCUCUCGCCUCGCCAGGACAAGGCGAUGCAGCUCCCGAUCGGCGCGUCCCUCUCUCUCUCUUUCUCGCCGUCUCGAGCUCGAGGCCCCAACAUCCUCGCCAAGUCGAUGACGCUGCACGGCCAGCCGCUCGUCACGCACAAGCAGCUCGAGCACGCCAUGCAGCUCGCCGACAAGCACGGCCUGCGCGCGCCGGUCAAGCAGUUCAACUUUGACGAGGGCGGGGUGCGCCAGGGCUGGGCGGCCGUCGAGGGACGCGAGCAGUUCGAGGCGGCGGUCGUCGUCGUGUCGCGCUCGUGA